CCCCCAUUUUCCCCCUUGUAUUUCCACAGAUCUACGAUCCCCUCGCAUUAAUUAAGGUACUCAUGCUUGCGUUCUCUUUUGCGUGGGGCGGAGCGUCGGCUUCCGUCCCGAAGGUAUAAGACCAUGAAUAACCAUCCCAUCCAUCCCACAUCCUUCUUCACGACGGAUCCAAGAAGUCCUGUCUCGUCCAUAAACCAACGUCGAGCAUCUUCUUCGCGGUAGGUAGGUAGUCUAGACCAUCAUCAUCAUCAUCAUCAUCAUCAUCAUGAGGUUCCUCGAUCUUCUCGCCACCGCCGCCGCCGUUUCUGCCGCGACGGUCCCCACUAAGGCCCGGAAGCGCGCCAGCGCCUUCGACUUCGUCGGCGUGUCCGAGUCCGGAGCUGAGUUCGGCAACACUGCUCUCCCCGGACAGCUUGGCAAGGACUACACAUGGCCAGACCAUAAUGCCAUCUCUACCUUGAUCCAGAAGGGAUUCAACACUUUCCGGAUUCCCAUCAUGAUGGAGCGCUUCGUCCCUGACAAGUUGACGGGCACCGUCAACGAGACCUACGCUGUCGGCCUUGACGAUAUCGUCAAGUUCGUCACUGGCGAGGGCGCCUACGCCGUCAUCGACCCGCACAACUUCGGGCGCUACUACAGCAACAUCAUCACCGACGUGUCCGGGUUCGGCGCCUGGUGGACGACGGUGGCGAAGCGGUACGCCGCCAACGACAAGGUCAUCUUCGACACCAACAACGAGUUCCACGACGAGGACAACGCCCUCGUCGGCCAGCUGAACCAGGCCGCCAUCGACGCCAUCCGCGCCGCCGGCGCCACCUCCCAGUACAUCUUCGUCGAGGGCAACUCCUGGACCGGCGCUUGGCACUGGACCUCCAGCGGCACCGCCGAGGCCAUGGGCAAGUUGACGGAUCCUCAGGAUAAGAUCGUCUACGAGAUGCACCAAUACCUCGACACCGACGGCUCCGGCACCAGCGAGUCCUGCGUGUCCGGCACCAUCGGCUCCGAGCGCCUCUCCGCCGCCACCGCCUGGCUCAAGGCCAACAACAAGAAAGGCCUCAUCGGCGAGACGGCAGGCGGCGCCAACGCGCAGUGCAUCCAGGCUUUGCAGGGGAUGCUGUCCCACAUGCGCGACAACGCGGACGUGUGGACGGGGUGGCUGUGGUGGGGCGCGGGCCCCUGGUGGGCCGACUACAUGUACUCGAUCGAGCCGCCGAGCGGGUCGGCGUUCACCAAGGUGUUGCCGUCGCUUGCGGACUUCAUCUAGGAGGGGGCUUAGCUAGGUAGGUAGGUAGGUUGGUUGGCCGGAAAGGAUUAAGCAGUGUGUAGGGAUAUGGGGAAAUAAGGGGGAGAUUGAUUCAAGUCUAGGUACCUAGUUAGGCUGAACUAAAUUAGUAAUUGUAUCACUCAUGCGUCCUGACUCCUUAGACUCCUUACGAGUAUUCAAGUGCACACCGGCCUCCAUACCUGCAUCAUGAUAUGCCUACCUACCUACAUAC